AUGUUUACCACGGUCGCUCGAACUAAUAUUUAUUCUUCAUCCCAACGCCUAACCCGUUAUUUAGUACCUAGUUUUUCCAUUUCUUCCAAUAAUCGUCAAUAUUAUUCUAUUGAAAAUCAAACAACUCCACCACAUAUUACACAUUAUUUAAUUAAUCUUCAUUCAUGGAAAUUAACUCAUCAACCUCGUGAACCAAGUCUUCAUUGGAAUCCUCGUUUUCGACAACAACAAAUUCAAACGGAACAACAAGAAGAAGAUCAAUUAACUGAAAAUUGGGAUUCUUGGUUUCAACAACAGACAAUACCAAAAAUUCGACCAUUUUCUCAACGAAAUAAUUUAUUAUCUGAAAAUCAACUUUAUUUUCUUGAUUCUUCACAUCUGACAUCAAUGCCUAAACGUUCAAGAGAAUAUGAAUCACAUACUGAAAUAUCAAAUAAACGUGAAAAAUAUUCACAUUUCGAAUCAAAUCUUCCGAAACGAACAUGGUCAAAUACAAUUUAUGAAGAACAUUUAAUUAAAAGUCGUUAUCAUCAUUUUAAUUUUCAUAUCAUUAGUUAUAAUAUUCUUGCACAAAAAUUAAUUGAAGACAAUGAAUCUUUGUAUGAUGAUUGUCAAGAAAAUAAUCUUAAAUGGAAUCAUCGAAAAGAACGUUUAUUAAGAGAAAUUUUACAUCAAGAUGCUGAUAUUGUUUGUUUACAAGAAAUGCAAAAAGAACAUUAUAAAUAUGAUUUUCGACCAAAAAUGAGUCAUCAUGGCUAUGAUUCAAUCUAUAUAAAACGUUCCGGUGAUAAAUCCGACGGAUGCUGUUUAUUUUAUAAAACAGAUCGAUUAAGAUUAAUUGAUAGCAAAACAGUACCAUUCUAUCAAAGAAAUAUUCAACUAUUAGACAGAGACAACUGUGGUUUGAUUGCUUUAUUUCAACCGGUAACAUCAAAAGCUACAUCAGAUGAUUUAUUUUGUGUUGCAACAACUCAUUUACUUUUUUCACCUAAACGUGGUGAUAUUAAAUUAGCCCAAAUACAAUAUUUUCUUGCUGAAAUCGACCGAUUAUCAAUGAAAAAUGCUUCAUUAAAUUCGUAUUAUCCUAUUAUUAUAUGUGGAGAUUUUAAUGCACAACCACAAUCUCCACUAUCGAAAUUUCUAAUCAAUGGACAUAUUAAAUAUGAUAAAUUUCGUUCUAUUGAAAUAUCUGGUCAAAUUCCUCGAUCAGUUAUUAAUAAUCGUUUUUCUCUACAACUUCCAUCCAAUGAACUAUUACCAACAUCAUUUGUGACUUCUGAUUGUCGUUUUCCAAAAAAACUUUCACAGCAUGAAAAAGAUGAACUUAUUUUUAAAAACUAUAUGAAUCAAACAUCAUCAGCAAUAUUAACACACAAUAAAAAUUUUCAUUCUGCUUAUGAUUUAAAUGAUUUAUCUGAUGUAACAACAUGUAUUAAUAAUGAAACGAAUUUAGUUGAUUAUAUAUUUUAUACAAAACAAGAUAAUGAUCGUUAUAGAUUAAAUCUAUUAAGUCGUUAUGAUUUAUAUAAACAACAACAAAUGUUAAAUUUACAUUUACCAAAUCAUCAAUUUGCAUCCGAUCAUUUUCUUUUAGCAGCUAAAUUUGCAUUGAAAUUAAAGAAGAAAAAGAAAAAAUAA